AUGGACGAUUAUUGUCAUGAGAACCACCUUCAGCCCCAAAGAAGCGUCCGGUUUGUCAAACAAGGAAGAGAUGGCACCAGCGGCAUGCGGCGCCGGAGUGUUCUCGGCCGUGUCGAGAACCAGCAAAUCAUCGAUUUGGCUUUUCCCGAGAACGAGGCACCGCGCGUGAGCUCUUAUACCACCAACUAUAUCAAGUCUCUCCCCCCUGUGGAGUUGUACAGGCCCUUGGACGAGUGCGCGUCUGCUCCAUCUUCUUUCAGGAGUCUGCGAAAAUCAAGAUCUAUGAUUGCUCCUACCAAUUUGGCUGUCGAUGCGGGCUAUUUCUUCAGCAAUUCCCCUAGCUUAGAGAGAAGAGAUUUUGCACGGAAGCGAAAGUCCAUGGUCAAUAUCAGAGACAGCAAACCUUCAAAAAAUAACCAAGGUCUCAGAACGCCAAAGUCUACGAGUAUCCUCAACAACUGCGAUCGUACAACAAACACACGAGUGGCAGUGCAUGAUGCUGUUGACGCAAGAUUGAAGCCUUCAGAUCCCUUUCGAAAUCAGGAGGAACAACUGCUUCGGAGCCGGCCCUCUAGAUUAUUCACAUUGAAUAUGAAGAAUAAGAAGGUGAAGCCAAGAACCGUACCAGACCCAAAUACUGCGAUAGAGAGUAACAAGGACCAAGAGCGCCUUCGAAGCCAUGCUUCGAACCAUUUCGCAUCGCAGCAGCAGGGUAUUCGGCAAUCUAUGAGGAAGGGCUCAACCAACACACUGUACGUUUCUAAGGAGGGUUCCUUUGCUAAGCAGGCCCGCAAGGUCUCCAGCGGUCUGAAGAGCAAGCUGAAAACUCUCUUUCAUCGAAAGAAAAAGAACGGAACGAAACGAGGCGGCAAAGGCCAAGUAGAGACUGUCGAUGAUGUUGACGCUGAAGAUGACCCCUACAUGGACAUCGCAGACCCGAUGACGGACGAAUGCUCUGUAUCUCAAGUACCAUCCCGAGUACCAUCUUUGCACGCGGCUUCAUUGGCGCAGAAGCUUCCAUCUCGUCAAGGUAGCAUAGACAGCAUUGGAAGCGACCGAAAGGUUUCGGAUUCGAAAAUGACGGAUGAGAAGUCUCGUGUUACCAGUUGGACGAGCUCAGGGACACAUACCCUCAACAGCCAAAGUACAUGGGGUGGUGAAAGGGAUCGACAGCGGCUCUCCGUGAUCAUAGAGAACGGAACACAUGUUGCCAACUCAUCUUUGCGAAGAAUUUCCACUGACGAGAAUAAUCACUACGGAUUCCAGUCUCCAUCCCCGCCUCAACUUUUGACUCGCCAAGAUUCAAAAGUAGACAGCGACAAAGUCUUCUUCGCACUACUAGGCCGACUUCAAGAGGCUCAACCAAAAGAAAAGGUGCAAAAGGCUAGUUCUGAUGAAAUUUUGAACACUGUCACAAACGAUUUGCGCACAAUUUCCAACGACAGCAGGCCAGGUGCGGUCGGCAAACGCAGCCCUCCUACCAUUAGGUGCGUAAUGCCAGAGGAUGAUGUCUUCCAGGAUACCAUCUCGUUGGGACAAAUGCAGCAUACAAAACCUAUCGAAACAGCUGUGAGUCCGGAUAAAGGUAAACCUGAAUCACCGUUAUCGUCGUCGUCGUCUUCGUCACCAUCGUCAUCGCCGGGCAGCGUAAUCCGUCAGCAACAGCACGAUCCAUCCGGAAGCACACUCCAGCUUCAUAUAGCGUACCCAGAACCUGCCGACAGUGACGAAAGAAAAACUCCCUCUCGCAAGACUCGUGCUGCGGAAGGAAGUUCUGUUGGUCCGAAGACCUUAUCUACUCGUAGUUCUGCCUUCUUCGGAAGCCCAACGUGCCACUUAUUUAGGACUACGAGCCCUUAUCGUCGAGCACUACAAGAGUCAAUGAAGGAAAGUUCUGAGGUUAUCACAAAGGUCUACUCGCCAACGGUUUCCGCUUUGAACCUAGAUUUAAUUUCGACGAAGCGACGUCCAAGUAUCUCCGCGGAUGAUCCACGCCUUGCUUAUUCGGACAGCAUAUACUCCGACCAGUUUCCAUUGUCGAACAAAAAGCCUGCAGAUGUGCUUGAAACUUUACCGAAUCUCCAAGCUCAUCGUACAAGCGAUGAUUCGAUCAGUAGGAACUCGCACUUGGCACCCUCCAAGAGGUUGUUCUCGGGUGCAGUUGUUGAAUGUGAAGUUGAUGGCAAGGCGCCUUCCAGCGUACACUGUCAUAAAAGUGCAGCAUCCCAGAAUGAGUUCAGUGAAGCGCUGAGUUCCAGGCGAACCGUUCCAACUGACCGAGCAUCAUCUUCCGCAAGUUCGGUGGAGUGGAAAAUGUUGCUGUCUGCCAAUGUUUCAGGGGUUGAUAUUCGUCCAGCUGCUGCCAGUGCCCGUGGUAUAAGCUUGGAUGAAGCGCAGCAUGUAACACCAAGCUUGCCGACAGUUUUGGGACACACGCGUGAGGGAGCACAAGUUGAAGACGAUUCCCCUGUACCCCAAAAACCGAAUGUUUCCAGAGAGUUCAUACCACUCCGGCAACCAGAUCACAGUUCUCAAGCGUUGUCAGCCGGCCGUGUAGGACGCGGGGCAAACCCGUCAACGUUUUCGACUCCAAGACAAUUCAGAGACGAGAACGAAAUACCUUCUUCCGAUGGAUGGAUGCACAGCGGUCUUUAUGGAAUGUAUGAUCCCCCACCAAUUCCUCCAAGGAGCUCUUUGAGAACUGCACCAUCAAUGCCGUUACUGCAGCAGCGCUCUACACAAAACAACAUUCCUGUUAAGUCGCCGAAAAGAGCUGCUCAUAAGAUGCGCAGUGUGGAUGCUAUGCCCGACACAAAGUUAGGAGUACAACAAAAGCACGACACUCGGGCACCUAUGAAGCUGGUUAGACGUGUUGGGCUGCGAGCCGGGCUCAAGUCGUCUUUGUCUAGCUCGGGGCUCAAUGUAGAGGCAGAGCGACAGUUUGGCCCAAUGCUAGCCAGCGGCCAGCUGGAGUCUCCCAAAGAAAGAUGGGAGAACUCUAGCGGUCGCCACCUGUUAGACUCCAGCGAUCUGGAAAGCACAUACAACCCGGACACUGCCAGGCCUGAAGAUUGGAAGGCUCAAAAGCUGGGUAGCCAGCAGAUGGUUGAGAACUUCUUGAGCAGUAGACGCCGAGUUCUGGCUGGUAGCGAUGACUCGAGAGUUUUCUUGUAA